CAGACUCUGCCCACGAGGACAAUCAAGUCUGUUCGAGUUAGUGCGGCUGGGGAGAAAGCGCUCGGUGACCAGAAGAGGGCAUCUCAAGUCCUGAAACGAGCUCCGGAGAGCUCAGGAAAAUCCGAGAGCAGCGGCAUCGUCCCUGUUGCUAUACAACGGAUUCGCUCUUGACGCCGCGGUCAUCGGGUCUGAUCCACGGCAGCCUCAGCCUCCGCUGCCCACAUCAGAACCAGGAUACGUCCAACUUAUCGAUUUUUUUUGGAUCACAGUGCAUUUACUCUCCCACUUGGUCUCUUUCAGGUCUCUUUUCCUCCACUUGAUCUAUGUUCAACAAUUGGUGAGUAUAUGACUGCUCACGUGCUGAACGGCGUCUUUCUCCCGAGCGCGUCCGCCCAAGGGCUCUCCGCGGUGCCGCUCACCAUCAUGCGUCGCCGGGCGGAUGUUGUGCGGUAACGAGGCUGAUGCGCACCUUCUGGAGCGAUACUCGCAUCUCCGACAGGUGUGCGGCGGUGCGCAAAGCGGGUCCGGCUGCUGCGCAAGGCGUGCGCAUUCCCCCGCGCAGACGGGCGGCCUGGAUGCGGGUCCAACUCUUUGGACGCGGCGCACAGUGCGUCUAACAUGUUGACCUGGGACGCGUGCCACGGAGAGCGCUGAACAUGAGCAGGACUCGACUCCGCGCAAACAUGGGACUCCCCGCGCUCUUCCGAUGGCUCGUGCUGGCGGUGACGGUGCCCGCCUGGCUGCUCGCCGCCCCGGGCGGCCUCCGCGAGCGCCCCUGCCCCCAGAGCUGCAGGUGCGACGGGAAAAUAAUAUACUGCGAGUCCAUCGCCUUCCGCGACGUGCCGAGCAACGUGUCGGUGAGCACGCAGGGCCUGUCGCUGCGCUACAACAGCCUGGCCAGCCUCAGGGCCCACCAGUUCGCGGGCCUGAGCCAACUGGUGUGGCUCUACCUCGAUCACAAUUACAUCAGCGGCGUGGACGGCCAGGCGUUCCACGGCAUCCAUAGGCUCAAAGAACUGAUCCUCAGCUCCAACAAGAUCACGCACCUGAAGAACAACACGUUCCACGACGUCCCCAACCUGCGCAACCUCGACCUCUCCUACAAUAAGCUGCAGGUCCUCCAGCCCAACCAGUUCGUGGGUCUACGGAAGCUUCAGAGUUUACACUUGAGGUCCAAUUCCCUGAAAACCGUGCCCAUGCGGGUUUUCCUCGACUGUCGCAACCUGGACUUCCUUGACAUCGGCUACAACCGGCUGCGGAGCCUCACGCGGAACGCCUUUGCGGGACUCCUCAAGCUGAAGGAGCUUCAUUUGGAGCACAACCAGUUUUCAAAGAUCAACUUUGCCCAUUUCCCCCGUCUGACCAACCUGAGGGACCUCUACUUGCAGUGGAACCGUAUCAAGGUGCUGACCCAGGGCUUGCCGUGGAUGUGGACCUCUUUGCAAAAGCUCGACCUCUCAGGAAACGAGCUUCAAGCGUUGGACCCAAGCACAUUUCAGUGUCUCCCCAAUCUGCAGACUCUUAAUCUGGACUCUAACAAACUCAGCAACGUGUCCCAACAGACGGCAGACGCUUGGAUCUCCCUCACCACCAUCAGCCUGGCUGGUAAUUUGUGGUACUGUAACCUCAACAUAUGCCCCCUGGUGGCAUGGCUUAAGACCUUUAAGGGCAAUAAGGAGUCCACGAUGAUUUGUGCAAGCCCUAAGGAAGCGCAGGGGGAGAAGGUGACCGACGUGGUGGAUAGUUAUAACAUCUGUACAGCAACGCCAACCCCCAUCCCAUCAACAACAUUACCCCCUACUUCUGCCUUUAAGCCUGAGCUGCUGCCUCUGCCCACACAGUCUGCGGUGGAUAAGACACUGAUCUGGAACCAGACGGCCUCCCCGACUCCCACCGAGGCCUCCCCCACCGUCCCAUUACCAGACACCGAAUACGUGUCCUUCCACAAGAUCAUAGCCGGCAGCAUGGCGCUGCUGUUGUCCGUGGCUAUAAUCCUGCUGGUGAUCUACGUGUCGUGGAAGCGCUAUCCCAGCAGCAUCAAGCAGCUGCAGCAGCGCUCGUCCGUUAAAAAGCGCCAGAAAAAGACCCGGGAGGCCGAGCGCUCCCUGAGUUCACCGCUGCAAGAGUACUAUGUGGACUACAAGCCUUCACACUCAGAGACUAUGGAUGUGCUGGUUAAUGGGACAGGACCCUACACAUACACCAUCUCAGGCUCCAGGGAAUGCGAGAUUCCGCGGCAGCUGAGCGCUCUGACAAUGUACAGGUGCGAGCAGUCGGUUCUGGAUUACUGUCACGCCCACCUGUCGCUGCACCUCGACGUGGGGGCGGAGUCCCCACCUCAGGCGCCGGGAGGUCAGAGGUCAGCCGGGUACCGCCCGGCGCUGAUGGCCACCCUCCCUUCAGAGCCCGUGCUGCCUUGCUCCCGAACCCACUUCCUCCACCAGUGAGCUGUGCACACUGUGAAUUUGCUGUGUCUCUGCUGAACGGAAAGACUGGACCGCGCGAACGCAACGCGAGGCUGCACGGGAGGGAACUGAGAAAAGGAAGACACGAUAAGAGGACAGCUAAUCUACUGCAGAGCAUCCUGGACCCAGGGUAAUGAUAAUAUAAAUAUUCCUCGGUGGAAAUAAAGGGGCGCGGCAGCAUCGAUUAUUGUACCUGACCCUCAGUGUCCCCAAUUAACGAGUACGCCGAACAGCAGCACGGCGCUCCACGUUCUGCGCUGCCUUUAACGGCGGAAAAUAAGCAUUUGUUAAUCUUAAAUCUUAUGAAACACAUUUCCUCAACUUCUCCUAAUCUGAGCCCCCCUCAGGUAAAGUAAUCAAAUGCAAAAUGCCACAAACGAAGCGGGGAAGCAGCUCGAUCAGCAGAGAGUAGCACAACAGCUGGAAGAUCGGCCGAGCAAAAAGGUUCUCUGCCGCUUAUUUUCUGAUCACGCUGUCAAUCAGAGGUCUCCCUCCCUCUCUCUCUCUCUCUCUCCCUCUCUCUCUCCCUCGUCCCCGUAGCGCUUUUCAUUUUCCAGAAAUGAGCCGCUCAAAUGAAAUUACCCCAAGACGAGAGAAACAAGGCAGAAAAUAACGGACAGUAAUUGUCAUGUGAAGUGUACAGCCGUCACAACUUGCUGCCAGUGCGUAUAAUUUACACGGUGACUUUUGAUUUCCUCCAUGAGUUGUGAUGUUGAUCACGUUACAGUUUAUUUAACGGAGCCCGAGCGACGAACAGCUGGAAAACAAACACGGGUCCGGGAGCGCUGGGACUUUCAGACAUUUACUUUUCCUCAUCCUCCUGCAGUUAAUGGUUUCAUUUUUAGCCAACAGAUUACCCGACUGUGCACUCAUAUAGCUACGUGUGUGCGCUUCUUACCAGAUGUUACAUUAUAAUAUACAGCAUAGUAAAACGAACUGUGGUGAACAGCCAGUUACAGUAUCAUUCAUCAAACCCACCCAAACAGCUGCGGUGGUGGCUGACACUGUUUCAUAAUGAGGUGUCUGCUUUUUGCCUUCAUGGCACUGACUUUGACUUUCACUUGCUUUUUUUUUCCUCUUUUUGUAAUUGUGUGUGACCGUUAUCUGAUGUAAUACCGUAUAUUCAGCUCAUGGACUUUUACGUUGCUUGCAGGGAAGGAAAAACCUGUGUACGAGACAGCGCCCGAAUCUUAUGUACUAAUAGAGCAGCUCCGCGUCGUUCACGCGCAAACGGCGUGCGACGGCGGGAGCGGCGGCGUGAAACCAGAUUGAAUUGAGACGUUCCUGUGCUGCUAAUUGACCGCAAGCUAACCCAACGCCCCGGACAGCAGCGGCCCAGUCGUAGCUGAGCAAUAAGAGGCCUGUCGAGCUCUGAAGCUGCAGGAGUGACGGCGUUCGUUCGGACGGGGGUCACGUUCCUGUCUUUUGUCUUCUUGCUGCUGUGCCCUCGGGCACAACGCUCAAUAAAUAAAUAAGAAGCAUUAUAUUCAGCAGGCACGCUCCCAAAACGGCAGAUUUUUUUUUUUUAUGUCUAGUGAGAUUAGAGCGUCUUAUUUAAAAAGACAAUUAACGUGUUUGGUCAAAGCGAAGCUGCCAAAGGGUUGAGAUGUAAACAAGCGCUAUCAGAGCUACACAGUUCUCUGCAUCGAUCAUCAUCUGGUGACAAGGCUGAAUUAUGGCCCACGAGAUCCGGUGGUGUCAUUUAGGAGCCAUCAAACUCAUGAUCUGAUUAAAAAAACGACCUGCUGCGCAUCCAGUGUGUCACUGCAUGCGUAGUAUCAGGUACCCAGCGAUUCAGAAUGACUAAAGCUUGAAGCCCCGCGUCAAUGGAAGGGGUUUGACAUCUGUAACCAGGGCGGGGACGGGGGGCGCUUGUGGUCAGUUAGAGCCCAAUUCAAAGAGCGGAUAAUGCAAUAUUGAUGUGAUACUGGAAAAAAAAUCUAAAUGCUUUUGAGCAUGUGACAUACUGAAUUCUCUUUUGAAGAUGAUAUAUUUAUUACAUAAUUGCUUUGUAUGUUUUUAUAUGAAUGUUUUUUUUCGGGGGGGGAAACAAUACGUGUCCAGGGAUGUACAAUACUCUGUCAUAUUCCAGGAUCAUCAUUAAAACUGUGUCCAUCUCCAGUCA